AUGUCCAACGAGCAGCCUUACGAUCCGUAUAUCCCGCUGGAGGCCAGGGAGGCGCUGCUGGCGGUCAGAAUCCGGGCAAUCAGCGGACGGCGGCUCUUCAAGCUUCUCAGCUCAAGCUUCCGCCGUGGUGCCAACAGAGUCCGCAAGCAGAUGUGGUGGAAGGACAUGAAGAUGCGCAUGUGUCUUAUUGUCGGCAUUAUCAUCCUCUUGGUUGUCAUUAUUGUGCCAGCCGUUGUUGCGACUACGAAGUAA